AAAAGUUUUUUUUUGGAUGGCCAUUAAAAAAAACAAGAAUAAAAAAAAAUGUAAUUCAAAUUCAAAUUCAAACGACAUUUAAUUGCCUGGCGAAUUCGUAGGAUGAACCUUAAAAAAAAUCGAUUCUGUUGUAAUUAAAGUUUUCGAAUGUAAACGCACCCACAUCUAAACCUCCUGUUUUUAAGUUUAUGUAAUUGUUAUUAUUGUUUUCCACUCAGAAUAUAUCACACAAAACCUGCAUGAGAUUAAUCUUAACGCUUUGACUUUGUUUGUUAACAUCAUCACAUUAUACUGAAUGGCCUAUUCAUUUCAAUUUAAUUUAUUAAAAAAAAUUUCUUUCUUAAUAAUGUUAUUAUCAAUGAAUUAUGUUAACAAUAUUUUGAUUACCACAUAUCGAUGGUGUUGGCCAAACACCAGGCAAUAUUUCAAACAGAUUGAUCCAUUCAUUAAUGGAAUAAUCGAACAAAAUGAACAAAUUAUUCGUUAUCAUAAAUAUUUUCUCAUUUACCUACUAUCAUCAUCGAUUCGAUUUCUAUUGCUUUAUAUUCUACCAUUAUCUAAACAUUAUCGUAUAAUUAUAUUUGAUUUAUCUCAAUUUUUACGAUUAACGGCCGAAGGAAAUCUUAUAUUCAUGGUUGUACUUUUUACUAUGGUCUAUAUGUAUAGAUAUUUUUUCCUACCUAAUAAUUGCCGAUUAAAUUCAACGAUCGUCGAUAUUAUUCUUGAAAAACGUAAAGAUUUUAUCAUCAAAUCAAAAUCAGUAUCGCCACUAGCAAUGGAUUGGUCCAACUAUUUACAGAAUAAAAUGCGUAUCCAUGUUAUUCGUCGUAAUUUUGAAAUUUGCAUGUCAGUAUCAUUAAUUCUUUACUCACAACAUUAUAUUACAACACAAGUUCAAAUGAAUUGGUCAGAAUUUUUCAAUCCGGCUUAUACACCAUUGUUUGGCAUCAUUAAGAUUGUCAUCACGGAAAUCGUUGCUUUAAUGGCAUUAAUAGAUAGUUUACUUGUAUUUAAUAUGAUUGAAUUAUUAUUCACAUUUAUGUUAUGUUUUUAUUGGCUUAUAUCAUGUGAAUAUGAUCGGAUCGCCAAUAGAAUUGAAUAUGAACCAUUAGAAAUGAUUAGCCAUCGAUUGUUGGGAAAAUUUUUACGACAAAAUAUACAAUUAUUCAUAUUCGCCGAUCAUGUAUUUCGAUCAUAUUCGGCAAUUUUUUUGGCCUAUCUAGCCUGUUUUCUUCCGGUCAAUCUUUAUCAAAUAUCAUUGAUUGUUCGAAUAUAUCAUAUGGACCAAGAAAUGGAUUUAUCACAAUGUUUAUUCUUAAUGUCAUGUAUUCUCACACAAUGUAUGGGUAUGUUUGGUAUACAUUAUGUUUGUACACAAUAUUCGAAACGUAUCCAUACAAACGGUAUACGUCGAUUGAUUCUCGUGGACACUGUCAAAUCAUUUGCAUCAUUUGGUUCACACUGGAAAUUAUGUUCACAAAUUGAAAAAUUUCAUACAAAAAAUCGAUAUGGCGUUUCUUAUGGAAAAUUCGGUGUCAUUAGUGUGACCGGAUUUGUUCGGUUUUUACUUAUCUAUUGUAAAUUGAUGAUGAUGAUUUUCAAGAUUCAGAUGCACACUAAAUAUUGACAAUAAGAUUAUCGAUUAUUAUUUAUUAAAA